AUGGGGGAAGAGGAAGAUAGAAUGGCACCCAAACCUUCGACGUUGACUUCACAGCCAUUUUACACGCAUCAGAAUUUAUUUGGAUCUCCAAAUGUCAACCAUCAUCCUCACGAGAUUCCCUACCCUCCGCCAAUUAAUUUGGAGGAUUUUAUUAGAGUUGAAGAUUCAUUCCGGAUGCCACCUUAUAAUCAGUACCAGUCGUCAAGUAAUCCGGAAUACUUGAGGCAAGAAACGCCUCCCGCGUCAAUGACACCAAAUAGUGUAGAAUAUGAAUUUGAAGAAAAUGUUGGAAGUUGUCAUGAUGCUGAUGAAAUGUUCUUCGACAUAAAUGAAGAUUUAAAGGGUAGCACUGUUGUCCCGGAUGAUGAGGUACAAGUUGAACCACCAAGAUCCGGUAUGGAGUUUGACUGUGAGAAAGAGCUUAUUGCCUACUAUAAGCAAUAUGCCAAGCAAGAGGGUUUUGGUGUAAGGACACAGAGGACUAAAAGAGAUGGUGAUGGGAGGCCUGUGUAUCUGACUAUUGGUUGUGCCCGUGGCGGAAAGUACUAUCCGAAGCCAAACACUAAUAUCUCGAAACCACGAGCAACAACUAAAAUGGGUUGUAAGGUGAAGGUAAAUGCAACGUUGAACUGCCAUGAGAAAUGGGUUUUGACUACUGUAGAAAACUCUCACAACCAUAUUACUUUGAGCCCCAAGAAAAGUAGACUAUUGCGAUCGCACAAGCAUCUAAAUGAAUAUAGUCAAAGGAUCCUCGAUCUGAAUGAUAGAGCAGGUAUACAAAUGCACAAGAACUUUUAUUCUCUUCUUGUUGACGCGGGGGGUUAUGAGAAUUUGGCUUUUCAAGAGAAAGAUUGUAGGAAUUAUAUUGACAAAGCUAGAUAUUUAAGGUUGGGUAAAGGAGGUAGCGAUGCACUUAAUGAGUAUUUCAAAAGAAUGAGAGAUCAAGACGAUGGCUUUGUUUCUUACAUGGACGUGGAUGAUGAUGGAAGGCUAUGGAAUGUGUUUUGGGCUGAUGGACGGAGUCGAACUGGUAGGGCGCCCAAAGCUAUCAUAACCGACCAAGAUCGAGCGAUGAAGAAUGCGAUUGCUACUGUAUUCCCUGAAGCUCGCCAUAGAUAUUGUUUAUGGCAUAUAAUGCGCAAACUUCCAGAGAAGUUAGGAUCGCACGCCAAAUUCAACUAUGGAUUGAAAACUGACAUUCAGUCUGCAUUAUAUGAUUCACAUACCACCACAGAAUCUGAGGAGAGCUGGGGUCAACUACUUGCAAAGUAUGAUCUGUUCGGCAACAAUUGGCUUCAGUCCUUGUAUGAGGAGAGGUCCUUUUGGGUUCCAGUCUUCCUCAAGAGUGUAUUUUGGGCUGGAAUGAGUACAACGCAAAGGUCCGAAAGUAUGAAUGCAUUUUUUGACGGGUAUGUCCAUGCUGGGACGACAUUGAAGGAAUUUGUCGACCAAUUCGAUAAUGCUCUUAGAAAGAAAGUGGAGGUCGAGACAACUGCUGAUUUCAAUUGUAGCAACCAAACUAUUCCCUGCGUCUCCCCUUUCAACAUUGAGAAGCAGUUUCAAAAAGUCUAUACCAAUGCAAAGUUUAAGGAGGUCCAACGAGAGUUGAUGGGCCUAAUGUGUUGUAAUUGUUGGUUGGUAAGCACACAAGGUUGCAUUUUAACAUUUGAUGUGUUGGAUGAAAUAUCGUUUGAUGAGAAAACCAAAAGAGUUCAUUACUUAGUUUACUAUAACGAAGAUGAGUGUGAGGUAAAAUGCACUUGUGGAUUGUUUGAGAUGAGGGGGAUUAUAUGUAGGCAUGCACUUAGAGUUUGUCAGUUGAAAAAUAUUAAUGUGCUGCCAGAUGUAUAUUUCCUAGAUCGAUGGAGAAAGGACGUAAAAAGGCAUUACACACUAAUCAGAAGUAGUUAUGAUGACGUGCGGGGUAGGUCAGACACGCAUAAUUACGAGCUGAUGAUCCAAAGAUGUUCAAAAUUAGCAGCCAAAAUAUCCUCAAACACUGACAAAGUCCAUGCAUUUCUGCACUAUGUUGACGAGUUUGAUAAAACAUGCAUCGGUUCAACGUGUGACUCGACAUUUCAAUCAACUCAGGCGAACCCAACGGUGGAGAAAGAUAAGGGUAAACAGAUUUUAAGCCCUAACGUCGUUCGAGGGAAAGGGAGACCUCCAAAUAAGAGAAGAGUUCCAACCGUGGAGAAGAUGGCAACAAAGAGAAAAAAACAGGUUGUAAACAUUGAUUUUGUGAGAAACCCGUCUUUUUUGUUAGAACAUUCGUUGCAAAAUUUCAGUGUUACUGCAAUAGAAGACCGUCUACAGGAUGGUGUCCCAGAAACAAUAGAAACAGUAAGGAAAGCAGUGGAUGCAGUAAUUUGA